GCGUGUUGCUCUGGUGUGUUUCGGAGCGGCGAGACUCGGCAACACCGGCGUUUGUGUACACUCGCUUUCUUUUUUGCUCGAGAAACUGUGUGUUUCGGGGCUACACAUACUGAAAACACCACUCUGAAAGCUCGUAACACGUCCUACACUGGGGAAACGCUCCGUCCUUCUGCUUCGCUGCCUGCGUCUUGGGUGUCUCCAUUGCGCGCCGAACUGUCUGUUUCUUUCAAAAGAAUUCCUUCUUUCGUUUACAGUCGAAUUCCGGAAGUCAGUUGUGACCGCCUGUUUACCUUCGUCGGUCUGUUUCUAGCAUCUCUUGCUUUACCAGUUUGAAGACCUCCCGAGAACCUCCGCGCCGCCUCCUCGAAUCUGUUUUCAAACACCUUUUUCUGUCCCGUCGCUCCAGGAGUCCAGCGAGCCACUUUCCUUUUUUUCGUCGCCAAGUGUUGUUCUCCGGUUUUCGAGCAUAUCUCUGGCGUCUGGAACCUUCUCGAGUUUGCAAAACCGCGCUCGUGUUGCAGUAGGUGACCGCAAACGUGUGUUACACACUGCUGAAAAGCUCGUGUUCUGCGUUUGUCCGCGGGAUACCACUAACUUCGUUUUCUCUUUUACGUCACUUUGCCGCUUUCACCUUCAGUUGGGAGGCUUGCGUAGCCAAAAAGCUGCCUUUUCCCAGCGUUGGCAAACGCCCGAAAGUGGCCUCGCUGUUUGCGGCCGUCGUCCUCAUCUCAAUAGGGUUCCUCUCUGCGUCUGUCUAGACUUUUUGGAUUCUUCUUCGGCACAGAAGUUGCCGGCUGUUUUCUCGUUCCCACCCUCCGUUGCUCCACUUUUGCCUCCUCUCGUAAGCAGGCAUUCGGACGCACCUUGCCUUCGUUUUCCCGAGGGCUCCGCUGUCAGUAGCACCGCUCUAACCCCUUGUCUGGAUCUUUUUUUCCGUUCUCUGGAUCCCACCACCCUUUCUCCACAAUUGUAUCCGCGACCGUUUUUUCCUUUCGUCGUGCGGAAUCUCAGGCUGGUACGGUGAAUUUCCAUUCAAAGUCCGUCCCGGGCACCACUUCCCUUCCUCGCACCUUCGCAGGUUCCCGCUGCGAACUGCCAGUCACAUCAACUGAGUUUCGGGUGGCCGUCCAAGGCAAAAGCACCCUGUCGGUAGACAUUGUCGCGGGUCGCGUUUCGGCCUUUGUUCCCUUCUCCCCUUUCCGUCCUUUUUUCUUUCCCUUGCAGUUGAAAAGAUGUACACGCAGCCGAACUUGCCGGGCGGGACUCCGAGUUACCCCGCCGGCGCAUCGCAGGCUUCGCGGGACGCUGCGCCGACCCAGCAGCCGUUCUACGGCUACACCUCUCAACCGUCGCCUUCGGAUAUGCGCCAGGGGUACGCAAACCCUCCUGCGCAGAGCUACAGCAACGGGAUGCCUGCGUAUCCGUCAGAUUCCGCAAGUGUGCCGUCGUACCCUGCGCCACCGCUUGCGUCUGGGAACCCGCAGCCAGCUGCCGGCGUGUACGCGAGCCAGAGGAGCGCGGGUGGCAUUCCUUCCUCGCCGUUCCACGCGGCCACUCCCGCGAAUCCUGGCGCCGCGCCGCCGCCACGGACCGCUUACUACCCCAGUGGAGUGCAGAGCAGCGGUUAUGCAGGGUACGGGGCAGCAGCCUCGGGGGUGAGUCACUCGGCUGCGCUUCCGGCAGACUCCGGCGCCUACGCGUCGACGGGGUCUGCGGCGCAGCAGGUCCUGCAGGAGAUCCAGCAGUUCAACUCGCCGCGUUACUUUACGCGCGCGUCCGUCGCUCGGGUGCCGCACAGCAGCAGCUUGCAGCAGAAGCUGCACUUGCCAAUCGGCUUGUUCAUUCGGCCGCUGGCGCCGAUUCGGCCUGGGUCGCCGACCGUCCCGAGCGUGAACUUUGGGAACUGCGGUGUCGUCGUGCGCUGCAAGCGGUGCCGGACGUACAUCAAUCCGUUCGUCCACUGGGAGGCUCACGGCCGACGCUGGUCCUGCAACUUGUGUGGGUACGUGAACGACACUCCGCAGUUCUACAUGCGCGGCUUGGACGAGAAGGGGAAGCGCGAGGAUCGCUUCGAAAGAGCGGAGCUGAGCAUGGGCUCUGUCGAGUUCGUCGCUCCCGCCGACUACAUGAUUCGGCCGCCGCAGCCUCCCGCCUACCUCUUCCUCAUCGACGUGAGCGCGACAGCCGUCGCCUCUGGCUUGGUUGAGUCUGCGUGCGCGGGCAUUCGCGCCGCACUCACCUCCGGCAAACUCCCCGGGUGUACAGACUCCGGCGCCGGCCGCGGAGAUAGCCGGACGAUGGUCGGAAUCGUCACCUACGACUCAGCCGUCCACUUCUAUGCGCUGGGGUCUGCAUCUGGAGGCGGCAAACGAAGGCCUCAAGUCCUCGUCAUGCCCGAGAUCGACGACGUGUUCCUCCCCCUCAGCGACGACCUUUUUGUGAACUUCGCGGAAAACCGUGACGCCGUCCUCGAAGCUCUCGACACCAUCCCCAGCUUGUGGAGAUCGAACGGCUGCAUUGACAACUGCAUGGGAAGCGCAGUGAAGGCUGCCCUGCUUGUCAUGAAGCAUGUGGGCGGAAAAAUCCUGCUGUUUGCCUCCUUCCCGCCGACGGUCGGCGCGCUGGUGACCAAGCGCAGCGGCGGCUUGGCUGGCGCAGACGGCGCCGGCACUGACGGCGGCAGCCGGCAGCAACCUGACCGCGAAGUCGAGCUCUUGAAGCCUGCGAGCGAAGCGUACCAGCAAUUUGCGCAGCAACUCACGCAGUCGCAGGUCUCUGUAGACCUCUUCAUCGCGCCUUCGUCGUGUGCGUCGCCAGCGGCGGGGAACGUCCCUCCUACCGGAACUUAUGCGGGAGGGAAGCCGGGAUCUGGAGCCCCCGGGCUGGUGACAGCUCCGUACUGUGAUCUGGCGACGAUUCUGCCGCUUGCGGAGUUGACUGGCGGAGAAGUUCGCUACUACUCGGCUUUCAGUCGGCUGCAGCACAGCCAGCAACUGGAGAACGACAUCGUGCACAUCAUCACGCGCACGACAGGGUGGGAGGCAGUCAUGCGAAUUCGCGUUUCGCGGGGCUGGAAGAUUUCUGCGCGUCACGGGCGCUUCUUCCUGCGCGGAACAGACCUCUUUGUGCUGCCGACCGUGAAUGCGGAUUCCACGUUCUCGAUUUUGAUGGAGUUGGACGAGCAGGCGGGGGCAGGCGGUCCUGGAAACGCGCUCGUGACUCCCCCGUCCGGAGGAGACAACGUCGUCGCCGUGCAGGCUGCUCUGCUUUACACCAACAGCGACGGCGAGCGACGCAUUCGGGUGCACACGUUCUGCAUGCCUGUCUCGCAAAAUAUUCAAGACAUCGUCAGCUCCAUGGAUCCGGAGGUCGUUACCUGUCUUCUUAUCCAGCAGGCAAUUGACCAGUCUCUGCGUUCAAAGAUUGCGGACGGUCGAGCCUUUUUGCAGACGAGCUGCUCUCAGCUGCUUUCGGUCCUGCACUCUGUCGGCAGCUCGACCCAACUCGCGGCAAGUUACGCGCUACCUUCCCUGCCCCACUACGGCGCCGUGGCUGCAGCCAGUGCAGGGAACCCAGCAGGCGGAGCACUCCUGGAGGCAGGCAGACUCGUUGCUCUCUUCAUUCUCGGAGUCCUCAAAAGCAAUGCGUUCAGGCCUGUCAAAGAAGUUUCCACGGACAAGCGCGUCUUCUCCUGGAGUCGGCUGCUCGCCCUUCCUGUGGACCGCAUUUGCGCGUACGUACACCCGCGCAUGCUGCCGCUUCAUAAUCUGUCGAACUUCGGAGGACCCAGCGACCGCGUUCUCGAUGGACAGGAGGAAGUGAUUCUGCCUCCGGCGCUUCGCCUGACUGCUGAGGAAAUGACUCAAGACGGCGCCUACCUCUUGGAAAACGGCGAGGAAAUGCUCCUCUGGAUCGGCCGAAGCAUCUCGCCGCAGUGGCUGGCGAGUGUGUUCGGCGCGCAUUCGCUGGACUGCGUGCACCCCGAUGUGGCGGCGGCUUCCAUUGGAGACAGCCAAGAUCCCGUCGGCCUGCGAGUCCGCGCCGUCGUCCAGAGUGUGCAGGGCGAGCACCUGUGCAACGCCAUGCGUCUGCUCGUCAUUCGACAGGGAGACCCGUCUGAGCAAAAAUUCUUUGCGCAACUCAUGGAAGACCGGGUGCCUUCUCUCCUCCUCACUUUCGCCGAGUUCCUGCAAAAAGUGGACAUGCGCUCGCAGCUACAGGCGCCUGCUCCACCGAUGAUCCCGGCGGCGGGCGGGGCGGCCCCGCCUCUGCAGCAGCCGCGCAUGUACUAAAACAAAGAGAAAUUCAAAGGGGAAACUUGAAGAAGAGAGAGGAAGAGAGAGAUGCAGUGCCCGCGCCAGGAUUCAAAGAAAUUCGGGAGGGAAAGAGAGAACUGAUAAAACGAGCUCUGAACGGGAGAGAAGGCCUCGGGGGAGGGCGUCGAACCGCAAGAGCGUGAAGAGGAGGAGAGAGGAAUGGAAGAUGCCUGGGGAGAGUCGCAAUGCGUUGACAGUUUGAGGAAAGCAAGCAGUGAGCGUGAGAACGGAGAAAGCGUUGAGGGGUUCUCCGAAACGCGAGAAAAAAAGCGUGAGAGGGAGGACAGGGCAGCUAGACUUCGAGUUCUAGGCAUCCAGGACAGGAAACAACGACGUUGGAGAGGAGGAAAAAGCGCCUGUACGGUAUGCCGAGGAGAGUUUGCGGGGACGAGAUUCGAGCCAGUGAAAUCAAGGGUGUGUCCUCGGUCACCUUCACCGUUACGUUCCACUGGAUACGCUUCAAGGUUAACUUCCUGCAGAUCUCAGGACGAAGACAGAAACGUUUUUAGAGAGUACAGGGAGUUUGUGCAACAGAACUCUCUCGCUUUUCGUGUCCAGAGCAACCCCCUGGCUCCGCCGUGUAGACAGUGUCGAGCGGCCUAGCAAGAGGGGGAAAUGCUUCGUAUUUUACGCUGUCAAACAAAGACACGCCACUCAGACGUUGUCUUUGUCUUGCCCGUCUCGUCUUGGGCUUCGCUGAGAGCGUGAAUGUUCAGCAGCGCGCAGAGAAGCCGAACGGGCUUCUCUACGCGCCAGUGUCUCUCCUACGCAUUUUACACGAUUUCGUUUUGCCUCGGUCGCGUUUUAAUCGUAACCUUUUGUGGAGCAUGGAGCAAUGACGAGAUCCCGUUCCUGAGCAACAGCGGAGUGGAGGCCUCCUCCACUGACGAUGAACAUGCGCGAGACAAGGAAAAAACUCGAUAGGCAAACGUGGUUUCCAGUGCUCCUCUAGAUGCAGCGUCUCUGCUUUUCCUGCUUUCUGGAGACCCUAAUGAGUUCCAGCUUUCUUCUUCAGACUUCUAGGUUUAGGCGGCGUCGGAAAGACAGCUGAAAGGUGGUGGUGUGGCGAGG